AUGAAGAAGGCAGUAAAGGAGGCUGAGAGAAUCUCAUCUAAAAUAUCAUCUCCCAUGAUUGUUGAUCUAUUCGAAUCUCAAGGAUCCGGUAUAAUGCCAUACUUAAAGAACGCCUUGAAAACUAGAUUAGCAUUGAAUUAGACUGAAUCUUGUUUCAUCGAUUUUAAACGAAGUUAAUUCCCUUUAUUCGCAAAAGAUAGAUAUUUCGAGUUCUUAGAAACCUACAAUAGAAAGGACAAGGUGGAUUUGAUUAGAUUAUUGUCUGUUCCUUUAUACGAUAUUGUUAAAGUAAGUCUAAAGGAUAAUAAGCCAUUGCCUUUUAAAUUGUAUAAAGAGAUGACUGAUGCUUAGUUGGUUUAGGCGAGAUUAUUUUCACAAAAGAAGAUGGCAUUGCAGUCAUCAUAAACAUGGCAUCAAAUUACUGUUAAAUUUAAUUUUAUUGAUCCAGAAACUAAGAAGGAUGUUGUAAAAUACAAUGUUCUAGAAAGAAGAGAAUCAGAUAGUUCUGAGAAGGAUUGGCGUAUAUGUAAAUUAGAUUGAAUUAAAACCACACAUAUAUUUUAUGCUAUUUGCAAAAUAACAUUAUUUAUAUGCUAAA